AAAGAUGUCAAUUUUCAUCUCUAGCCCCUCUGGAAAAAAUAGCCUGCUGUCUGAAUAUCCUGAUCCUGUACCCCUCUGCACCUCAGAUUCCUACGUUCUAUCAGGAAUCGUGAUCCACAAUGAAUUCCCAUUAAGAGGGGCAGAGAUGCAUAAUGAAAAUGUAAUCUUUACUCAGAUGAAUGACUUUUCUCUCAACGAUAAGGAAAAUACGCCACCUUCUGUAAACAGUACGCGGAUUCUGGCCAGUAAAACAGCUCGCAACAUCUUCGGAGAGGCCCAAAUCAAACCUGAAAACCUUAACGAGUCGUCGAAUUUACAGGAUGAGCCCCUAUUAAGAGAAAACCCCCGCCGUUUUGUCAUUUUCCCCAUACAAUAUCAUGACAUCUGGCGGAUGUACAAGAAAGCUGAAGCGUCCUUUUGGACGGCAGAAGAAGUUGAUCUCUCAAAAGAUCUUCAACACUGGGAGUCCUUGAAACCAGAAGAAAAGUACUUCAUUUCUCAUGUCUUGGCUUUCUUUGCAGCAAGUGAUGGCAUUGUAAAUGAGAAUUUGGUUGAACGUUUCAGUCAAGAAGUUCAAGUUACAGAGGCUCGUUGUUUUUAUGGAUUCCAAAUUGCAAUGGAAAAUAUCCACUCCGAGAUGUACAGUCUUCUUAUUGACACUUACAUUAAAGAUUCUAAGGAGAGAGAAUAUCUGUUCAAUGCAAUUGAGACUCUUCCCUGUGUGAAAAGGAAAGCUGACUGGGCACUACGUUGGAUUGGUGACCAUCAAGCAACGUUUGGUGAGCGAAUUGUUGCUUUUGCUGCUGUUGAAGGAAUCUUCUUCUCUGGAUCCUUUGCUGCGAUUUUCUGGUUGAAGAAGCGAGGUUUAAUGCCUGGGUUGACUUUCUCCAAUGAACUCAUAAGCAGAGAUGAGGGCCUGCAUUGUGAUUUUGCUUGCCUGAUGUUCAAGCACUUAGUAAGAAAACCUUCAGAAGAGAAAGUACGAGACAUCAUCCAGGAUGCUGUUUGUAUUGAGCAGGAAUUCUUGACGGACUCUUUACCUGUGAACUUGAUUGGAAUGAACUGCAUCUUAAUGAAACGUUACAUUGAAUUUGUAGCUGAUCGAUUAAUGUUGGAACUGGGAUUUAGUAAGAUCUAUAAAGCUGAAAAUCCAUUUGACUUCAUGGAGAACAUUUCUUUAGAAGGCAAAACAAACUUUUUUGAAAAGAGAGUUGGAGAGUACCAGAGAAUGGGUGUGAUGGCCAAGUCCGUUGAUAACUCUUUCACACUGGAUGCAGAUUUCUGAAAGGACUGAAGAUUUGUGUCUAGGACAAAAUGGGAUUGAAAAGCUGACUUUUGUUAGUUGCAUGAGUGACUUUUUCAGUUUGUAUUAAUAAUGACCUGGUUUGUACAAUCAGUUGCAUUCCAUAGAAAUUGCACAUUUUAAUGUUUUCAGUAGAAUAUACCAUUUCAUAUUUGAAAUAACAUGUAUAUACAGUAACUAAAGUUUACAGCACAUCAGUGUGCAUAUCAUUUUGUUGUAGAACCACUUGAGUAUGCAUUGGUACUGUCAAGUGUUUUAUUAAGGAGCCCAAGUAGCACCCAGCUGUGUUCAGUGGGGUUUUAUAUGUAAAUAUUAGUCAAAAUGCACUUUCUGAAUAAAAUUUCAAGCA